ACCAUGACGACGCGCCUGUCACUUCUGGGCUGAGAGCAGCGACCAAUAUCAUCAGACAGACGAUGCGGGAAUUCAAUUGGAAUUCGUUCAAUAUACCAGUAUACCAAAUCCGUGUAUACCAAAUUCGUGAAAUAAAAGAACGCUUUCCCUUUCGUCACUGAUACACCAGGUGUUUGAUUCAAGGCGUAAGGUGCUGCUGCCAUUGUAAUCAGAUAAACACAAAAGAGCAUAAGAAGAAGAACCAGGAAAUGAAUAACUUCCCCCGACAGUGGUAGCAGGAUUACGACCCAUCAUUCUCUCUCCUACCAUUCACAUCUCAGGGUUGGAGGAGCUGUCUCAGUGAUAAACUACCUGCUCAGAGCAUAAGCCUUGCAACCCACCCCCAUCCCCCACUCACUCACACACACCCAGUCAGGAUGAAGCUGAAAGAGGACCUGAACCCAGUGCUGCUGCUGCUCUUCCAGGUGACGGUGUGGCUGUACUCUGUCCUAGCCUUCCUCCCCUCCUACCUCUUCAGCUCUGUGUCAGAAUCAGACGCAGGCCUCGGAUCAGAACAGGAGCGGGCUCAGAGACUCAAGGCCCGGUCUGUGACGGGUCGCCCCGCGGGGCCCUACAGGGCCAUGGGCGCCACGAAGAGGCUGGUGUCGUCCCUGCACCCCGGGGUGGACACACUGGAUAAGGUGUUUGAGGACGCAUCCAGAAGGUUCCCUGACAGAGACUGCCUGGGCACCAGAGAGGUAGUCAUGGAGGAGGAUGAGAGGCAGAGCAACGGAAAGUUCUUCAAGAAGGUGAUCCUUGGGCAGUACCGCUGGCUGUCCUAUGCUGAGACCCACAGGGCAGCAGCCUGCUUUGGCAUUGGUCUGGCAGCGCUUGGCCAGAGGGCCCACAACAAUAUUGCCAUCUUCUGUGAGACCAGGGCCGAGUGGGUAAUAGCUGCACAGGCCUGCUUCAUGCAAAACUUCCCCUUGGUCACUCUGUACUCUACCCUGGGGGGUCCGGCCAUCACUCAUGGUCUGAACGAGACAGAGGUCAGUCACAUCAUAACCAGCCGAGAGCUACUGGAGACCAGACUCAAGUUCAUCCUGCUGGAGGUGCCCAGGCUGCAGCACAUCAUUGUGGUGGAUGACACGCCCACCGAGUGGCAUGGUUACCCACGAGGCAUCAGUGUCCACAACAUGGCUACUGUUCAGGGGCUGCGGACCAAGCCUGAGAAUGUGUGUCAGGGGCAUAAACAGCCCAUGCCCUCUGACAUCGCUGUCAUCAUGUACACCAGCGGCUCCACUGGCAUACCCAAGGGAGUCAUGAUCUCCCAUAGCAACAUCAUUGCUGGCAUCACUGGCAUGGCAGAAAGGAUACCCAACCUGGGUGAGAAUGACACCUACAUCGGGUACCUCCCUCUGGCCCAUGUGUUGGAGCUGAGUGCAGAGCUGGUGUGUGUGGCUCACGGCUGCAGGAUCGGCUACUCCUCCCCCCAGACACUAGCAGACCAGUCGACAAAGAUUAAAAAAGGCAGCAAAGGAGACACCAGUGUUCUGCAGCCUACUCUAAUGGCAGCUGUGCCGGAGAUAAUGGAUCGUAUCUAUAAGAAUGUGAUGACCAAGGUGGAGGAGAUGAGCAGUGCUCAGAGGACUCUGUUCACUCUGGCCUACAACUACAAGCUGGAGCAGCUCUCCCAGGGACGCAGCACGCCACUGUGUGACAACCUAGUGUUUAAGAAAGUGCGGUCCCUACUGGGGGGGAAGACCAGGGUGCUGCUGUCGGGCGGGGCGCCCCUCUCUGCCGCCACCCAGCGCUUCAUUAAUGUCUGCUUCUGUUGCCCCGUGGGCCAGGGCUAUGGCCUCACCGAGACCUGCGGAGCUGGAACCAUCAGCGAGAUGUGGGACUACAGUACAGGGCGAGUUGGAGGACCACUCAUUUGUUCUGAAAUCAAGCUCAAGGAUUGGGUGGAGGGUGGCUACCACAUCACAGACACGCCCACCCCACGAGGUGAGAUUCUGAUUGGCGGGCCCAAUGUUACCAUGGGUUACUACAAGAACGAGGCCAAGAACCAGGACUUCUUUGUGGAUGAAAACGGCCAGCGCUGGUUCUGUACGGGAGACAUAGGAGAGGUCCAUCCUGAUGGAUGCCUCAAGAUCAUUGAUCGUAAGAAGGACCUGGUUAAGCUCCAGGCAGGAGAGUAUGUGUCUCUGGGGAAGGUGGAGGCCAUGCUGAAGAACUGCCCCCUUAUAGACAACAUCUGUGCCUACGCCAACAGCGAUGAGAUGUACGUGAUUGGCUUUGUGGUGCCCAAUCAGAAGCAUCUGCUGUCGCUGGCGGAGCAGUAUCUUAUCCGGGGCUCGUGGGAGGAGCUGUGUGACAACGCUGCCAUGGAGGAGGUGGUCCUGCAGGUCAUCACCGAGGCCGCCCUAUCAGCCCAGCUGGAGCGGUUUGAGAUCCCCCGUAAGAUCCGUCUGAGCCCCGACCCCUGGACCCCCGAGACGGGCCUGGUGACCGAAGCCUUCAAGCUCAAACGCCAGCAGCUGAAGAGCAAGUACCAGGACGACAUCGAGAGAAUGUACGGCGGGAAGUAGGACCAAACCAGACCAGAACCUCUCCAAGCACAGAGCCAGCAUCUGCCUCAAGCCGCCCAGCUCCUUGCUCAAACCUCUUUUCCCCACCCGACCCCCGAACCCCGACCCCCAUCCUGGACGAGCCACCAGAAGCACUCAAAUGACUUGAAUCUACUUUGUUCUCCUGAGACCAAAAAAGAUAGACAGAUUGAGAGAGAUAGAGAGAGAGACAGAUUGAGAGAGAUAGAGGGAGAGAAAUAUAAAUAUCAAAGAGAGGAGGCUGUGUUAUUGCAAUAUUUCCCCUCCACUGUUCCUUUAUUCGAUAAAAUGGCUUUGCUUAAAAAUGUGAAUCAAUAGACAAUAGCCUAGCCCUGAAGACUGUUGGAGAGAAAGAUUAGCUAGGGGAGAGUAAGUAAGGAGUGUUGUUGGAACACCCUCAAACAGUAUCUCCAUGUUCAUUCCACUUCUUACCCUCUUUGGAGAUGAUUUUCCUCAAGAUGUGAGUUAUGAGACAGGACAGGUAGGUCAUGCUGCCUGUUGAGCUCGUGUCUGUCUGAGUGUUGUCGACUGUUAUUUAAGCACAAACUCAGGUUGGUUGGAAAACUUUCCGUUUUAACCCCAAUGCCCUUCUGUCUGAGGGCGUCAGGAAUGUUAAGCCAUGAGAGCCUGUAGAGAGCAAGUACCAUUAACAUUUAGGUUAAAAGCUGCUGUUUGAUUAUUUGUUUUUCUCCUUUAAUUCCGUGAUUCUGUUCACAUUAGUAUAGAGUCCUCAUUGGCUAAUUCUCUGUCCAAGUUCAAAAUCCAUGGCUCCAAAUCCAUUUUUUUUCACUGCGUAUUCUAUUGUUUAUUUCAGAACCUAGUUCUGCCCAGAGACUAGUCUUACUUUCUGCAGGACAGGAAGAAACUAGCUGUCUGUGUUUAUUUUUGUUGUGUUUGGUUGAUGCUGUUUUUUUUGCUUAGUGAGGCUUUAGUACUAUGAUUUAUAUUUGAUGCCCAUCUGCCCAUCCAAUCCUACAAGCAUGAAGUCAACAGGAGGUUCAGAGAGACUAAGAUAAGAUAAUGACUUUAUUAUCCCAAUGGGGAAAUUUUGGUUGCGGCUAGGGCAGUGAAAUGAUGAGUCUCUUCCACCAGAAGAAAAACAGAACAUUUUGACGUGAAUAUACAGUACCACUCAAAAGUUUGGACACACCUACUCAUUCAAGGGUUUUUCUUUAUUUUUACUAUUUUCUACAUUGUAGAACAAUAGUGAAGACAUCAAAACUAUGCAAUAACACAUAUGGAAUCAUGUACAUAAAUCACUGACAAUGUCACCAGCAAAGCACCCCCACACCAUCACACCUCCUCCUCCAUGCUUCACGGUGGAAACCACACAUGCAGAGAUCAUCCGUUCACCUACUCUGCGUCUAACAAAGACACGGCGGUUGAAACCAAAUAUCUCAAGUUUGGACUCAUCAGACCAAAGGACAGAUUUCCACAGGUCUAAUGUCUCCACUUCUCGUGUUUCUUGGCCCAAGCAAGUCUCUUCUUCUUACUGGUGUCCUUUAGUAGUGGUUUCUUUGCAGCAAUUCAACCAUGAAGGCCUGAUUCACGCAGUCUCCUCUGAACAGUUGAUGUUGAGAUGUGUCUUUUACUUGAAAUCUGUGAAGCAUUUAUUUGAGCUGCAAUCUGAGGCUGGUAACUCUAAUGAACUUAUCCUCUGCAGCAGAGGUAACUCUGGGCCUUCUUUUCCUGUGGCGGUCCUCAUGAAUGCCAGUUUCAUCAUAGCGCUUGAUGGUUUUUGCGACUACACUUGAAGAAAGUUCUUUAAAUUUUCCAGAUUGACUGACCUGCAUGUCUUAAAGCAGUGAUGGACUGUCAUUUUUCUUUACUCAUUUGAGCUGUUCUUGCCAUAAUAUGGACUUUUUCUUUCACCAAAUAGGGCUAUCUUCUCUAUACCAACCCUACCUAGUUACAACACAAUUGAUCGGCUCAAAUACAUUAAGAAGGAAAGAAAUUCCACAAAUGAACUUUUAACAAGGCACACCUGUUAACUGAAAUGCAUUCCAGGUGACUACCUCAUGAAGCUGGUUGAGAGAAUGCCAAGAGUGUGCAAAGCUGUCAACAAGGCAAAUGGUGGCUACUUUGAAGAAUCACAAAUAUAAAAUAUAUUUUCAUUUGUUAAAUAGUUUUUUGGUUACUACAUGAUUCCAUAUGUGUUAUAUCAUAGUUGUGAUGUCUUCGCUAUUAUUCUACAAUGUAGAAAAUAGUAAAAAUAAUGAAAAACUCUUGAAUGAGUAGGUGUGUCCAAACUUUUGACUGGUACUCUAUAAUUUCAGAACUCUUCACUUAACAUUUCUAUCAUUAAUAUGAUUAUUAUUUAUGAUAAUGCCAAUUAAUAAUACGCUUGUCAUAAAAUCAUAAUGUUUGUAAGAAAGAUGUAGAUUGGUGAAUACCAAUUUCUUUCAGUGGUAGAAAACAUAUUUGUACUCUGUUAUAGGUGUGCACUUACAUUAACCACACAUUCACUUGCUAAGAGCUGUAGUUCUAGAACCACUGUCAUGCUUGAAGUACACAGUAUGCCAUAUGAUAAUAUAACAUUUGGACCAAACUAAGGUGGGAUUACUUGACCUAUGGCAAGAAGAGAUGCACACAAAACACUUCCGUACAACAGUUAAGAAUUUAGAGAAUUUAGUUAAGAGGACAGCUUCAGCAUUUAUUUGUGUGUGUGUGUGUGUGUGCAUGCUGUGUUCUCGCACUUGAAAAGGCCAUUCCUUGUAUGUUGUUGUAUGUGAUGCAUCACAGCAAAAGGUAGCCUAAAGCUUUCCUAAAUGGUACAAACAUUGCUCUGUAGAACACCAUUCCGCACAUGACACCUGUUGCCUUUUCUUGUGAUUUCAGGUGGAUAACUACGCAUAGAAAAUAUUUGAAUAACAAUGCUGUACACAGUAAAGAUAUCGUUUCUUGACAGUAUGUGUUACUGUCACCCAGAAUAACAUGCCUUUCUGAUGUUUUCCUUUAUACUGUACAUACUUUAUAUGAGGGGAGAAGGAAUUAUGUAUAGCCUAUUUUAAAUCUAUUGAAGCUUUAUAAUAUAGACCCGUUUUGGAACUCCUCCCUACUUGUCUGGGGAAUCUGCCUUGUAACAUAAGUGCAUCAAUUGUAUUUAUUUGUCAUUUGCCUUGGAAAUUAUUAAAUGAAGAAGUAAAUAAAGAUUGUGUUUGGUCUAUCA